AUCUUUAGGGUUAUUCCUCUGAAGGACUUCCCAUUCCUGUGCCCUGGUCUUUCUUAGGAGUCGUCAGCUCAGGACCCAGGUAGGGGCAAUGUCUCCUGCCAUUGCUCUGGCAUUCCUGCCACUCGUGGUAACACUGCUAGUGAGAUACCGGCACCAUUUCCGACUGCUAGUGCGUACAGUCCUGCUGAGAAGCUUUCGAGACUGCUUGUCAGGCCUUCGAAUUGAGGAGAGAGCCUUCAGCUAUGUGCUCACCCAUGCCCUGCCUGGAGACCCUGGUCACAUCCUCACCACUCUAGACCACUGGAGCAGCUGCUGCGAGUACCUGAGCCACAUGGGCCCUGUCAAAGGUCAGAUUCUGAUGCGGCUUGUGGAAGAGAAGGCCCCUGCUUGUGUGCUGGAGCUGGGCACCUACUGCGGAUACUCUACACUGCUUAUUGCACGAGCCUUGCCCCCUGGGAGUCGCCUUCUCACUGUGGAGCGGGACUCACGUACAGCAGCAGUGGCUGAAAAAGUCAUCCGGCUGGCUGGCUUCGAUGAGCAAAUGGUGGAGCUCAUUGCAGGCAGCUCAGAGGAAGUGAUCCCACGCCUAAGAGCUCAGCACCACCUGAAUCGGGCAGAUCUGGUGCUUCUGGCACAUCGACCUCGCUAUUACUUAAGGGAUCUACAGCUACUGGAGGCCCAUGCUCUGCUCCCACAUGGUGCCACUGUACUGGCUGACCAUGUGCUUUUUCCUGGUGCACCCCGCUUCCUACAAUACACCAAGAGCUGUGGUCGCUAUCGCUGCCGCCUCCACCACACCAGCCUCCCAGACUUCCCUGCCAUCAAGGAUGGCAUAGCCCAACUCACUUAUACUGGACCUGGCUGAGGUCCAGGACCUGGGACAUUUAUUAAUACAAUCCCAACCCCAUUCAAGCAGACCUCAGAAUAUCUCCUUUCCCUUUCUGUUUACUAUCCAAAACAUGCUAGGCUCAAGCUGGGGAGGCUUUCUUUUCAACUUUGUUCCCCUCCAACCUCCAUACUGAUCUGAAGUGUCAAAUUCUAUCAGCCUUCUUGGUCCCACAAGGUCCCCUCAUACAGGAACUGGAAGCAAGAGGCCUGAGCUGUCAACUUAAGUUAUUGAUUGCUCCCUCCAAGUGAGUCCUUCCCUCCUCUGAGAUUCAGUUUACUCUAACACUGAGACAGCUGGGUGAAGGGGCUGGAGAGACAGCUCUACAGUUAAGAGCACUGCUUGCUGCCCUCUACCUAAAGGACAUGGGUUCAAUUUCCAGCACUCACAUGGCACAGGCACACAUGUGAUAUACAUACAUACUGACAAAACACUUUUAGGCAUGAAAUAAAUAAAACAAAACAA